CCCUGGUAGGGAACGCUUGCAUCAUUCCAUUUCGAACGCCGACUUCACAGCGUCUGGACCAUCUAGGAAACUUUCUUUGCUCGCAGCGAAAAUCUCCGGUCCCAAACAAUGAACAACAACCGAUAUGGAAAUGGAGGACGUCUCAAACGUACGUCCCACCCCUAUAACAAUUGGUUCUGGGACAACUGCGAGAUCUGCCGGAAUUAUAUUGUGGAUCUAUGCACUGAGUGCCAGGCCUCUGGGAAACCGGUAUCCUUCGAGGAGUGCACAGUGGCAUGGGGGACGUGCAACCACGAGUUCCACCUACACUGCAUCGAGCGUUGGUUGCAGACGCGCCAGGUGUGCCCGUUGGACAACCUCACCUGGGAGUUCCAGCUAUUGAUCUAAAAAUAUCAUUAUUCUAAUAAAGUUUUGGACGCUUUUCCACAAUA